UUUUUUUUAAAUUGACAAUUCAGAUUUCUUUCAGUGUCGAUCUGAACUGUCAAUUUGUCAUGUGGAUAUUAUUUGAGAAUUGAUUUUGUGUUUCUUAUUAUUUAAAGAACCGUAUCUUGAUUAUAUUUCAUUAUGAUUCGAAGAUGCUUAAUUCUUCCGCUGAGGAAUGGUAUUACAGUCUGCCGUAACAAUUCAACUGCCGUAGCAGAACAAGCGGAGUCCACACAAGAAAGCAAUACACCAGCAAAAAAUCCACUUGAUCAUCCAGACUACUUUCAAGUGCAUAACCUCUUUACUGUCAAAGAUCUAUUUGAUGCAAGAGUUCAUUUUGGACAUAAAGAAGGAUCACUAAAUGAAUUUAUGACACCUUAUAUUUAUGGUUCAAGGCAGGGACAUCUGAUAUUUGAUUUAGAUAUAACUGCAGAACAUUUGCGCAAAGCCCUUAAUUUUACAGCCCAUAUUGCAUAUAGAGGAGGAAUUGUCUGCUUUUUUAAUAGAAAUGCAUUAAAUGCUCACUUAGUAGAAAAAACUGCACUGGAAUGUGGUGAAUAUGCUCAUACAAGGUUUUGGAGAGGAGGCAUCUUUACAAAUGCAGAUCACCAGUUUGGUGCAAUUACUAGAUUACCUGAUCUCUGUAUAUUUUUGAAUACCCAGAAUAAUAUUCUUAAUCAACAUACGGCAGUAAGAGAUAGUGCAAAACUAUUAAUACCUACUAUUGGGAUAGUGGAUUCUAACUGUAAUCCAAAUUUGAUAACCUAUCCUGUUCCUGGAAAUGAUGACACUCCAGUAGCCAUUGAAUUAUACUGUAAACUUUUUAAAGCUGCUAUUACAAGAGGAAAAGAGGCAAGAAUGAAAUUUUUGCAAGAGAACAAUUAACAAAGAUAAUUUUAUUAAACAUUUAUUAUAAACAACAAUUGAAACAUAUAGAAUAGGAAAAUAAUUUGUUUUGUAAACAAUAACAUUAGAUAAUAUUCUUAAUUAACAAAGA